CGGGUUCCGAGCGCGGAGCUAAGGGCCGACGGGCAUGUGAUGGAGAGCAGGGAAGUGGCGAACUCACCAGAGGUGCAGUAACAGGCCAGCUUGACUCUCCACUCUCUUUCUCCGAGUCCCGCCGAGGUGGUUUCCCGCCGACUUUGUUUCCAUACUGCACAGGCAAGGGGUGAAAGGUCACAAAGAUGGCGCUGGCCGUCAGUCUUUUACCCCGCUUGCUGUUUUCUCGGCCUCUGCCGGGUUCGGCCGACGUGUGGCCGCCGUUGGCUGGACUUUGCUGCUUCUGCCGCCGCCGCCUCGGCUCGGAAGCGGCCCAAUUUCCUCGAGUCUCUUGGGCCUCCGCGGCCUUGGCGCUGCCUGCUUGGGCUCCUCAGCGUCCCCUGCUCAGCCCUCUGGGACUCCCCACAACCCUUCCCGCUUUCCCUUCCUGCCCUCGGCGAACCUACGGCACCGAGGAGCAGCCCCAGCAGCGCCAGAAAACCAAGAUGAUCAUCCUGGGGUUCUCCAAUCCCAUCAGCUGGAUUCGGACUCGAAUUUACUCCUUCCUUAUCUUGGCCUAUUUCGACCAAGAGUUCAGCAUCGCAGAAUUCUCAGAAGGAGCGAAGCAGGCUUUUGCUCAUGUGUCCAAGCUGCUGUCACAGAGUAAGUUUGAUCUAUUGGAAGAACUUGUGGCCAAAGAGACACUACGUGUAUUGAAAGAAAAGGUUACUUCACUCCCUGACAACCAUAAAAAUGCCCUUGCUGCUGACAUAGAUGAAAUUGUAUAUACAUCAACAGGAGACAUCUCCAUUUACUACGAUGAGCAAGGAAAGAAGUUUGUUAACAUCCUGAUGUGCUUUUGGUAUCUAACCAGUGCCAAUAUCCCCAGUGAAACUAUAAGUGGAGCCAGUGUGUUCCAGGUUAAGUUGGGGGAUCAGAAUGUGGAAACUAAACAACUUCUUAGUGCAAGCUAUGAAUUUCAGAGGGAGUUGACACAAGGAGUAAAGCCUGACUGGACCAUUGCAUGGAUUGAACACCCAAAGUUAUUAGAAUAAUCGAUCUUGGAAAAAUCAGCUGAUUGGACUUUUAGCAAUUACUGUGAAGAAGUAAGGAAGAAAAAAUUUUCAGAUCAGUUGAUCUUCACUUAAUCAAGUCUGUGGAUUACUUUUGUAUUAUUUUGAAAUACUCCUUGUAGUAAAUUGGCAUGAUACAAUAAAGCAUUUUCCACAGAUUGUCAUCACUUUCUGUAGAAGUCAAAGUAAAAAAAUUACAGCAGCCCAUCAUUGGCAUCAUAUUCAGUAUCAUUUUUAAUGUUAC